CAAUAAUGAGAUGUGUCAUAUCCCCGGGUGUUGUCUUUUUUGAUAACGAUAACGAUUCUGAUUGUGUAAAUUAUUAUAUCUAAAUAAUAUUUACUGUUCCCUGUUUCACUGAAUGUUUACAAUUUAAGUUUUAUUUAUUUAAGUGUGUGUUUAGUUUCAAGAUAAUUAAAAAAGUCGUAACCUAACCUAAGAAAAGAUGUGGAAGGCUGCUGCUGGUCAACAAAUUAACAUAAAGGAGCAAAAUAAUGAAGACGAUGAAUGGGAGACCGAUCCUGAUUUUAUUAAUGAUGUAGACGAACAGCAACAGAGAUGGGGUUCGACAACAAUACAGGGGUCAGGUCGUACAGCGGGUGCAAUCGAUAUGGAUAAGCUGAGGAAAGAAACCGAAGAAGCAGAUGCAUUAAAGAAGAAGAAAGCUCUGGAAUCAAGUGAGCACAAUCCAUCUUACGGAUAUGGAGGUAAAUUUGGCGUAGAGAAAGACCGCAUGGAUCAGUCAGCUGUCGGACAUGAAUAUAUUGGGAAAGUUGAAAAGCACGCCUCCCAAAAAGACUACAGUGCUGGAUUCGGAGGAAAGUUUGGUAUACAGUCCGACAGAGUAGACAAGAGUGCAGUAAGCUGGGACUACAAGGAGAAAACCGUAAAACAUGCCUCACAGAAAGAUUACGUGUCAGGAUUCGGUGGCAAAUUUGGUGUACAGACAGACAGACAGGACAAAUCGGCCGUUGGAUGGGAUCACGUUGAGAAAGUCGAAAAACAUGAGUCACAAAAAGACUACAAGACUGGUUUUGGGGGUAAAUUUGGGGUUCAGUCAGAUCGCCAGGACAAAUCUGCUGUGGGUUGGGAUCAUCACGAAGCGCCCCAAAAACAUGAGAGCCAAACGGAUCACAAGAUAGGAUUCGGAGGUAAAUUUGGACUGCAAACGGAUAGAUUCGACAAGUCAGCUUCCAAUUUUGACCCGCCGUCAAAAGUGGGAACAAACUAUACCAAAGUAAAGCCCGAUAUCGGAGGGGCCAAGCCUUCUGAUCUGAGGGCCAAGUUUGAAACAAUGGCUCAAGAUAAAAAAUCUGAGACUGCACCCGUAACGACAACACCUCGCAAGAACGUACACGCCAAAGCUGCCCUAUUUGCCAACGCCAACCAGGAGGACGUGGUGCCUCAAUCGCCUGAAAAAGUCCAAACUCCGAAACAGUUAGACCUGUCUAAAACUGCUUUUCUCACUCAGACCAGCCAGCAGGAAGUUACGACCCAGAUCGAAAAGUCAACGAGUAAAUUGGAUCACUCCAAGACUGCGUUUUUGACUCAGAAAAGUGAAUCGGGCACUGAGAAUGCGGAGAAGGUGGUCCCGAAACAGUUGGAUCAAACGAAAAUUGCUCAGUUUAACGCUCAAAAUGAUGAUAGUGCAAUCGAGAAGAAUACGAUAAGUCAGGUGCAAGAAGAGCUAGAACUGUUGAGGCAGUUGCAACAGCAAAAGCAAGAUGACAACGAGGAGGAAGAACAAAUUUACGAGAACUUCGAAAGCGCAAAAGUACAGCAGGCUCAAUAUGAAACACGUCAAGAACAGAUAACUUCUGAGUCUGAGGUAAUUACAAAUAACGUGGUUGAGACUACGGAAGUGGAGGAUUCGGAAGAUUAUAGCCAGGAAGAGAUAGUGGACACAGGAAUAUCUGCAAUAGCCCUAUAUGAUUACCAAGCGGCUGCCGACGACGAGAUAUCUUUCGAUCCGGAUGAUAUUAUAACGCAUAUAGAAAAGAUUGAUGCUGGGUGGUGGCGAGGUCUGUGUAAAGGAAAGUAUGGGCUCUUCCCAGCAAAUUACGUACAAUGUAAUGAAUAAUAACUCUUUCAGUAUGUAGAAUUUAUGGCCUAUGUACUUAAUUUUAUAUUAUUAAUUUUAUGUUAUUGACAACCCCGACAUUUUAAUUUUAUACAAGAAUUAACUGUUUAGUCAUAUAUUUUAUUAUGCUUACUGAAGUAAUAAAGAUUUACAUUACAAUUA